AAUGCCUUUCUCCGCCCCUCCCACCCGCUCGUCACCGAUCUCGAGCAAGAAGUCCUGGAUGAGUAUGCACGCUUGCUGGGGAAUGUGAAUAAACUAUCGACCAAGCUAUCGGACCUCGCGGACUCUCCUACCUCGGUUACGCUAGAUGGACUCCGGCAAUUAGAGAGAAAAACGGCGACCGUGUGCACGCUGCUCAAGGCUAGUGUGUACAGCAUUGUCCUGCAGCAGCAAAUU